UGUAAGAACAAUAAACACGCCAAGCGCCAGUUGAAAAAGAAAUAAAAUAAAAGAAAAAGUAGCGAUCUCUCCGAGCAACAAGUACUUGUGCACCAACACACUCAAGGGAAGCAGUGCCACGACAAAAAAGCCAAAGAGAGAACAAACGCAGAGAAACCGAAACCAACAGCAAGACGGAGGAGCUAUGGAGGCCACCACUACCACAACACCUGACUUGAAUCGCGGCGAUGCCACCAGGAAGAGUGUGAGGCUGUAUGCCGCCCGCAAGGGGGCGGCACCUGCACCUCCCAAGCUCAGUGUGGCGCCAUCUAGCAACCAGAACAGCAACCACAGCUGCAGCAUCACCAGCAGCAGCAACAACAACAAUAAUAGCAGCAACAACUUGCCGGAAACGGAAAAAGUAAUGGAACUGCGUCAAACACAUCUUGCCAACCAGGAUCUCGAUGGAGCAAUCGAAGACGACAGCAUAGUGGAGCUGCGACGACGUGAUGCCCAAGUCACUCCAUUGCCCAGAAUAGCCGUAUCGGCCUUGCCCACCCUGCAGCCGCAUCCCACGCCCAAAGAACGCCAAAAGCCGCCUAUGCCACGCCUCCUGUCCACCGAAGACGAUGCCGGUGUGUCCUUUGCCCUCGGCUCCAUCGAGAAGCACAUCCACAACGUGGAGGAGAGCUUCAAGCAACAGCAGCAAAACCAACAAUCCCAAUCAUCGAUGGACGUCAUGAAACUGGAGAUCAAGCGCAAGCAAAGCAAGCGAUACGGUGAAACGGAAAACCUUUUGCGACCGGGCAUAAGUGACAUGUCCUCCGAGAAUGACUUUCAGUAUUUGGGCGGCAGGCGGGCAGGCGAACUGGAUGACAGCAAUGAGCUGAUGCUAUCGGAAUUCCAGCGUGGCAGCGACGGUCGUAACUCGAUCGGAGCGUAUUCCAAGAACUCGGCAGCUGCCGCAAACGGAGCAAAUGCUGUGAAGGCUAAACUGGCACGUACUGCCUCCGACACGAAGAAUAAUGAUACGGUGCUGGCCAUGAGGGCCACUCUAAAGCAGAAGCAGCAGUUGCAGGACGAGAAACAGCCUGCAGUAUGGCGACCAGCUGGCACGGCACCCGUUCCGGCGGCCAGGAGCUCCUCCUCCACCAUGUCCACCUCCGCCUCUGCCAGUCGUGGCGGUAGCAGCAGCAGUGUAGUGGAUGGAGUGACUCCAUCUAAGCUAACGGCCACCACAAUUUCGGCGUCCAAGCGGCGUGAGGAGAAUUUGCGACAAUUUGAAGCUUUGUUGGCCCAGAAGUCUUCCCAUCGUCAUGGAGCCUCUUCUGGAGCAUCUGGUGCCUCGGGAACUGGAAGUAAUGCAGCCAGCUCGAAAAAACGUUCGGAGCGGCCAAUUGUGGCGCCCAUUCCGCCGUACAAUUCCAGUCGAGCAGAGCCCGUGACCAGCUCGACCACAAGAGGUGUUGAUCCGACGUCCCAUUCGGGACAUGAAUCGAGAUCCGGUAGAGGAACAGGCAUAGCUCACCCGCCUGUAGGACACCAUCCCACUAGCCGCGUACCCAGCGUGGUGGCAAAUCGCAGCAAUGUGUACAGCAACAAUGCUGCGCAGGGUUCGCCUAACAUGCAAAUGCGGAGUAGUGCUCCAAUGCGAUGGCGCGCUACUGAAGAACAUAUUGGCAAAUACAAACUCAUAAAGACGAUCGGCAAAGGCAAUUUCGCCAAGGUGAAACUAGCGAAACACCUGCCCACUGGCAAGGAGGUGGCCAUCAAGAUAAUUGACAAGACCCAACUCAAUCCUGGGUCACUACAGAAACUCUUUAGAGAGGUUAGAAUAAUGAAGAUGCUGGAUCACCCCAACAUAGUUAAAUUGUUCCAAGUAAUCGAAACCGAGAAGACGCUCUAUCUGAUCAUGGAGUACGCAUCCGGCGGAGAGGUCUUCGACUAUCUGGUUCUCCACGGACGCAUGAAGGAGAAGGAGGCGCGCGUCAAGUUUCGACAAAUCGUCUCAGCAGUGCAAUAUUGUCAUCAAAAAAGAAUAAUUCACAGGGACUUAAAAGCUGAAAACCUUUUGCUGGACAGCGAACUGAACAUCAAAAUCGCUGACUUUGGCUUUUCGAACGAGUUCACGCCCGGCUCAAAGCUGGACACGUUCUGUGGUAGUCCGCCGUAUGCGGCACCGGAACUGUUUCAGGGCAAGAAGUACGACGGACCCGAGGUCGAUGUUUGGUCGCUGGGCGUCAUCCUGUAUACGUUAGUGAGCGGUUCCCUGCCCUUCGACGGCUCCACCUUGAGGGAGUUGCGUGAACGCGUGCUCAGAGGCAAAUAUAGAAUUCCCUUCUAUAUGUCGACUGACUGCGAAAACUUGCUCCGCAAAUUCUUAGUACUGAAUCCCGCAAAGCGUGCUAGUCUGGAAACAAUCAUGGGCGACAAAUGGAUGAACAUGGGGUUUGAGGAAGACGAACUCAAGCCCUAUAUUGAGCCCAAAGCCGAUUUAGCCGAUCCCAAGCGGAUAGGUAAGACGGAAGCUCUAGUCGCGAUGGGCUACAAUCGGUCGGAGAUCGAGGCUUCGCUCUCCCAGGUGCGCUACGACGAUGUUUUCGCCACAUAUUUGCUGCUGGGUCGCAAGAGUACAGACCCGGAAAGUGACGGAUCACGAUCGGGCUCUUCGCUCUCACUGCGCAACAUCUCGGGCAACGAUGCCAAUGCUGGUAGUGCGAGUGUCCAGAGCCCCACGCACAGAGGUGUCCACAGGAGCAUAUCGGCGUCCAGCACGAAGCCAAGUCGCCGAGCCUCGUCUGGUGCGGAAACUUUGCGUGUUGGACCGACAAAUGCGGCAGCAACAGUUGCGGCGGCCGCGGGAGCCGUUGGUGCGGUUAAUCCAAGCAAUAACUACAAUGCUGCAGGAUCAGCGGCGGAUCGAGCAUCAGUUGGCAGCAACUUCAAGCGACAGAACACAAUCGACUCGGCUACGAUUAAGGAGAACACAGCGCGACUGGCCGCUCAGAAUCAGAGACCCGCUUCGGCCACUCAAAAGAUGCUCACCACGGUAGACACCACACUGAACAGUCCCGCCAAGCCGAGAACGGCAACGAAGUACGAUCCGACGAAUGGCAAUCGCACCGUCAGCGGCACAAGUGGCAUCAUUCCACGUCGCUCUACCACGCUUUAUGAAAAGACUUCGUCGACGGAGAAAACCAACGUUAUUCCUGCAGAGACAAACAGUGGAUCGGCAGCUCCCGCUGGAAAGGGUCAUACCAAAAGCGCGUCUGUCUCGAGCCCUCGCCCCUCUACAGACGGAUGCGUCUCGGUCUCAAAUGACCCACUCGGAACGAGUCUGUUCGAUCGACUUAGAAUGGCAUCGGCUGUUAAAUCAAGCAGACACUUUCCAAGGAAUGUUCCAUCACGUUCAACCUUUCACUCUGGUCAAACCAGAGCACGAAACAACACAGCGCUGGAAUACUCGGGCACCAGCGGUGCCUCCGGCGACUCCUCCCAUCCGGGUCGCAUGAGCUUCUUCUCCAAACUCUCCUCACGUUUUAGCAAACGGCCAAACCAGUAAUUAACAAAACAAGCAUUAACUACUUCUUGUUAAUAGUUCUAAAACUGAAACUGAAACAAACGAUUCCCCUAGAGUAAACGCGCGUGACGGAGAGGUUCAGAUAUGAACAGACAGACACAGAUAUGGUCGAAUCACGAAUCCAAUCGGAUCGCUCGGAUCGGAUCAGAUCGGGAAACGAUACUGUUCACGUAGCCGUUGCCGAUGACGAUGCCGAUCCGAAAUCGCUUUCGAAUUCCAUUUCGAGUUCAGAGUUCAGAUCCGUUUCCGGUUUCGAUUCGAACCCCCUUCAAAUGAACCACGACAACGUUGAGUUCCGUUGCGUUAAUUGAAAUUUCACAAAUACGCCUAUGUUUUAUUACAAUUAUUAACUAAUUAUACAUAUAAAUUUAUAUAAAUUAAAGAUACAUAUACAUAUAUUUAAAAGUAAAGCAACCACAAACAGAAAUUACGAAACCCUUUGUUUUCAUUGUUUUGUAAAACGAUGCGAGGAGCGAUCAGCAAAAGGCAAUACAGAAUAAAUCAAGAAUUAUACAAAUUAAAACCGAAACGAAACCGAUACAAACAUAAAAAUCCACUAAGAAACCAAGAUAUAUGAUAAAUGCAAUGAUCAGAGAGAAUCCUGACUACACUUGCUGUCACUGUCACGAUUAUGGAUUAUAUUAACUACUAUAUAUUACACCUACGAGUACUACCUAAACUACAUAUAUAUUUAUGUUAAAUGCGUAUCGCAAUUAUAGUUAUACAAACCAAUAUCACUGAGGAAGUGAACGUGAGAUAUAACUGCAAGAAAGUAAAUUAAUGUAAGCCUAACUCAACUAAACCGAUCUAAACUGAACUAAAGUGCGUGGUGUUUUCGCCUACAUCAUUAUUUUAUAGUAACCACAAUAAAACACCAAAAGAAGUUGCUAAUUUUGUAACGAUGAUCUUGAAUUUUAUUUAGCGAUCUUUGUAUUUAUAUGUAUGUGUAUGUAUGUAUGGAUCUGUAUUUGUAUUUCGAUAUGAGCUUGAAUUAAAUUGUAUCCGUGGAUCAUACAAUCAAUCAAUAUCAAUAUCAACCAACCAAUCAACCAACCAACCAACCAACCAAGCAGCCAGCCAGCAAACUAACGAUCUUGCAAUUCAUAAUCACCCAGAAGCCAGAUGUGCAGCGUAUUUAGUAAUUAAGCAUACCACGUAGUCACUAAAAAACAAUACAAAGCGAUACAUAAAAACCAAUUUAACUUAAAUUCAAGGAAUAACAAUGUAUUACCACUAGUGCAUGUGACCAUUUUAUUUGUACAGCUGAUUAUCUAUAGAUCGUGUUAUCGUCGGGCGCCUUCAGUGGCUUGAUCAGUAGUUAUCUAUACAUAUUAAGUUUCAAAGAAAUAACGCAUAAUUAAAACAAUUGAUAAUUUAAUAAAUCCAUAAUAAACGAUGUGAAACAUUUGCGAGCAAAAGUA